AUGAGUACCAACUCUCCGGAAUUACGAAGGAACAAGAGGGUUCUUGGAUCUCCGUUCAAGUCACCAGUGAAAAAUCUGGCUAAUAUUGACGCUGCUUCACCUUCAAAUGAUGUUCCACAUAAUAAUAGUAAUGUUACCUCAAUACGGAAUGAUAUCGAUCACCCAUCUGUUAAAAAUAAGGAAAUUAAACCCAUCUUGGAGAUAUUUUGUCCUAUUUGUAAAGAGAGUAUGAUCUCUUUGAACCAAUUAAAUCAGCAUAUUGAUGAUGAGCAUCAGAAAACAGACGAGCAAAAUUUAUCACCUGAACCUCCUGUGGUAAGACGUGAGCUUCAAAUCGAUUUGCUUAACGGAGAUAAGGGGUUCAGUCUUAGUAUUGAUGAAGGUCGAAAGAACGGUAAUGAAAAUAUCCGAGCGGGUCUGAAACUAUCAAGAGAUGCCAAUCCAUUAAAGGUUAGUCCUAGCCCAAGUCCUGGUGCCGGUGCCCGUGGUUCUCUGAGAUCAAAUGAGAGACUCAGUCGAAACCAUUGGCAAACUCCAGCCUCUGGUUCAAAAUGCUCUAUUGAAGGAUGUAAUAAGACACUUAGUGUCAAGCAGGGAAUUGUAAAUUGUCGACGGUGUGGAAAACUAUUUUGUAAUGUUCAUACCAAUUUCAAAGUUCGAUUAAGAAAUGGGCCUGAUUCCAAUUCUAUUCCCAUAUUUGAAUCACUGAAAUAUGGAAUUUGGAGUAGAGUUUGUCGGAAUUGUUAUAAUGAUAAGUUGGAUAGCAUUAAAAUUGUUGAGCCGAAGGUUGAAGAUUUAACAGGCACAUUCAAAAGAAUCCGAAUGAAGAAGAAUGAAGAUAAGGAAUUGAUGAGAAAUAAGAUUAAAAAACGAUUUAUAAAAUUGGUGGAACUAUUGGUUGAUGAAGAUGUGAAGAAGAAGCAGAGGAAGAGUCAAAUCUCAAAAUGGAAUUUGUUUGGUGGUAGUGAUACAAAUGAACCAACAGUUCUGGAACAAGCCAUUGAAAUUGUUGGACAUGAUAAUUGGAUGGAAGAUUCCAAAACUCAUAAUUGUACCAUUUGUUAUAUACAUUUCAACAUGAUAACAAGGAAACAUCAUUGUCGAUUAUGUGGAAGUAUUGUUUGUGAUGAUCUGUUUGGAGAACGCAAACUGUGUUCAAUUAUGGUUCCAAUUAAUCAAUUAUUAGACAAGCUCAAGAACCUUAAUUAUGGAGCCAAUGCUAGAAGUCAGUUUCUAUUUUUACUUCUGAAUGAAUGUUCUAUUCGAUUUAGAUGUUGCAUAAAUUGCAAGAAUCAUUUGUUAUAUGAAUGGAAACAAUCGCAACAAGCCAAGCUUGAUUUAAACUCAACUGACAAGUUGGUCCCUUUAUUCGAGACCAAUAAAUUGUUGAUAAUCUUGAAGGAUCAAAUUGUAAGAUACAUGAACCGUUUUGAAUAUCUUUUCCAGAAGAACGAGGCCACUAAUGGCGAUGAGAUAGAACAAGUUAGAGAGAAACUAUUGGUUUACUUGAAAGAUUAUGAAGGUUGCAGUAAUCAGAUCAAACAAUCAUUCUAUGGAAGAGUGAAUAAUGCAUUGAAAUUAAGACCAGAAUUUGUUGAUAACGAACGGUUGAUUAACAACGUUUAUCGAGGUUCAGUAUUCUUCUUACAAGAUAAUUUGGUUAAAUUCAAAUUACUUAGUGAUAAGCUCAGUGAACUCACUCAGAUGGAAUUAGAAGAUUCUAAAAACCAUUUUGCCCAAAUUGAAGGGGUACAAAUUUCUAAAAACUCCCCAACACCCAUUGGUACACCUGAGCCACGACUUACAAAGAAGCAAAUACGUGAAUUGAGAGAGCAAUUGAUGGUAAUGAAUGAACAAAGGUUUUUGGUGGAGAAUUUAAUCGAUGAUACCAUCAAGCAACGAAAGUUUGAUGAGUUGGGAUCAUUAAAGGAGAAUAAAACCGAAUUGAUUAAAAGAAUCAACGAGUUAGAAAAAGAACUUGGUGAAUUUGGAUUUUAA